AUGGAUGAGCUUAUGGCUGGACUCGAAACUAAGGCAGCAAAAGUUGUGAUGCCUAAUGUGAAUUUUCUCAAUCAGCUAAAAAUUUUCGAAAAAUGUCAUUAUAAGACGGAUUCUAUAACAUUGUCGAAAUGCGUUGAGGCUAUAAAUAUUCCUAAUCAAGUCGGAUGCUAUAUUAAUUGCCUCGAAUAUCCUGUUUUUUCUAAAAAUGAAAGUCGUAUUGAAGAGGGUAUUUAUCGCUGUCGAAAGUGUAGACAAGCAUUGUUCUUUAAUCAGCAUAUUGUGAAACACGCCAGUCUAAAUGAGCAGAAAGAUUCUUUGGGUGAAAAAAAUUCAGCGUGCAAAUUGCGAUAUAUCGUGGAACCACUAAAAUGGAUGGCUUUGGAUGCAGUCAGUGGAAAUAUUCGGUGUUAUAAAUGUGGGGAAAAACUUGGUGAUUUUAAUUGGGCUGGCAAAUUUUGUAAUAUCACAUAUGAACAUGGAUGCGGUGCAUUUGUUGUACCGUGGGUCUUUAUCAAUGAGAAAAAAGUAGAUCUGUGCACGGUUUCAUCUAACAGUAAUAUUAUAUUGCCGAUUAUUCCUGUAUGCAGUGAUUCAAACGAAAGAUAUAACAGUCCAGAAGAUUCGCGAAGUUCACAUGCUACAUCAACAGAUGCCAUAAAACUUCAGUUCAUCACGCUUUAUGCUUGGGCAAUUUGGAAGCAUUGGGCUCUCGGGUGGUUUACAAAAAUCCUUCAUGCUGUUGAGUAUGUUGUACAUCUAAAACUGCGGAGCCCAACUAAUGUGCCAGUUUUUAUCGACCAACGUAGAUUUCUUGGUUCUCUUCAACAAGACGUUGUUGUCAUGCGUUAG